UGCGCGGGGCCCCGGGGAAGUUUUGCGGCGCUGAGCGGCGGCGGGGGGCGGCGGCUCGUUCCGCUGCCGUUCCGCUCCCGCUCCGCACCCCUCCCGGUGCGGCCAUGGCCUUCCGCCGGCGGGCCAAGAGCCACCCGCUCUUCAGCCAGGAGUUCCUCAUCCACAACCAUGCCGACAUCGGCUUCUGCCUGGUGCUCAGCGUCCUCAUCGCCCUCAUGUUCGAGGUUACAGCCAAGACUGCCUUCCUGUUUAUCUUACCUCAGUACAAUGUUAGUGUGCCUACAGCAGAUGGGGAGCUGGUCCAGUAUCACUAUGGGCUGAAGGAUCUGGUCACUAUCCUCUUCUACAUCUUCAUCGCCAUCAUCCUGCACGCGGUGGUGCAGGAGUAUGCCCUGGAUAAAAUCAACAGGCGUCUGCAUCUCUCCAAAGUCAAACACAGCAAAUUCAAUGAAUCAGGACAGCUGCUUGCCUUCCACCUCACUUCUGUGAUUUGGUGCUUGUACGUCGUGGUGACGGAAGGAUACAUAUCAAACCCCCGGAGCCUGUGGGAGAACUACCCCCAUGUUUAUCUGCCGUUCCAGGUGAAGUUUUUCUACCUGUGCCAGCUCGCCUACUGGCUGCACGCCCUGCCAGAGCUCUACUUCCAAAAAGUCCGCAAGGAGGAGAUUCCCCGGCAGCUGCGGUGCAUCGCGCUCUACCUGGUGCACAUCGCCGGCGCGUAUCUCCUCAACUUAACCCGCCUGGGGCUGAUCCUCUUGCUGUUGCAGUACUUGGCUGAGUUCUUCUUCCACAUGGCCCGGCUGGUCUGCUUCACCGACGAGAACAACGAGAAGCUGUUUAACGUCUGGGCUGUGGUGUUCGUGGUCACCAGGCUCUUCACCCUCACCUUGUACAUCUUGGUCAUCGGCUUCGGGCUGCCGCGGGUGGAGAACCAGGUCCUCAACCCUGAGAAAGGGAACUUCUUCAGCUUUCUCUUCAACAAUAUCCUCUUCAGAAUGAGUGUGCUGCUGUUGGUGUGCCUCUUCCAGGCCUCGGUGAUGUGGCGCUUUAUCCACUUCCAGCUGCGGCGCUGGCGCGAGUACUGGAACCAGCAGAGCAGCCGGAAGAGAGCCGCCCCCGCCGCCGGCACCAAGCAGCAGCCCAAGCCGCUCAAGAGGGACUCAGGUUACCAUGAAAAUGGAGUGGUGAAAGCAGAGAAUGGCACCUCGCCACGAACCAAGAAGCUGAAAUCACCCUAGAGCAGAGGCUGGUCUCCUGGGGAGGAGGGUGAGAUACCAGGACUAAGAAGCAGCCCCUCCUCCUGGUCCUCACAAGCAUCGUCUCGAACGGCUUGGAAACCUGUCAUCUUCCCAAGGUGUCUCUCACUCUCCUCCUUUCCUUUCUUGCUCUCUUGAACCAUUUGCAAUAAAACCAAAAAAGUCCCUUUUCCAUGCUCCCUUCCCCUCAUAGGAGCUUUUUCCAGCCCUCCUGGUUUUGCCUUCCUCUGUUUCCUCCUACAUCAGUGUGCAAUUUGGUUUUUGGGUUUUGUUCUCUUUUCUAUUUUAGUGUUUGGUUAUUUUGGAUUCUUGUUACAAAUGCAUCAUAGAUAGUUCCAAACAAUCCUUAUUUUACCCUGCAUCAUGUUCCUCCCCUCUCUCUGUGGUGCUUUCCAGAGCCCCAGGGUCAGGACCGUGGCAACUUGAAGGCACCAUGUGUCUGUCAUGGGAACAGGCUCGUGAGGGAAUGCUCUGGGGCUUUGUGACCGUGAGGCUCAGGGGUACUCUUGGGCAAGGGUUGCCUCACUGGGCAUGUCUGGCCAUAGACAUGGCAAGUGCCACAGGUUGGUGAUGCUGCAAAUAGAGACUGUGGUCUGAAGGAGGAACCCCAACCAUGCCUUGUCUCAUGGUGGACUUCUGUUUUCCUCCAGCCCCUGGCUUUCAGCUAAUUCUGGAGAGCUGGGGAGCAGAGAAGGGAGACAAGUUCCCUCUUCCUAUAGGACCCACUUUCCAGCCUUUGCUUGCCCCAGCUCUUCUGGUACAGCUGGGUCCCUCUUAACCCUCUUGGCUGCAAGAGGUGAGCUGCUCCUUAGUUGUUCUGGACCUCCCAGUUCCAAGAGCUGAACUCGGGGCUCUGCAGCACUCAGUGCCUUGUCAUGGGGCAGCAGCAUCCUCAGGUCCACAUAAAACCUUGAGUCCCACUCUGAGCACUGGCCUGGCUCUUCUCGGCCCAGGCCCUUUGCCAGCUUGUGUGUGCCCCAUGGACCUGGUGCUCUCAUGCCUUGUGACCAUGUCCAGAUGAGCAAACUGGCUGCUGCAAAGAGUUUUGCAUCAGUGGGACUGUGCCCUUCAUGUGCUUGCCUUAGCCUUCCUCAUCCUCGCCGUACCGGUCCAGCCGUGCUGGCGGCAGCCACCAGCUUCACUCUUUCUUUCCAAAGGAUACAGGCUUGUAUCCACCCAAGGUGCUAUCAAAUGCAGGGUUUCUUCCAAACAGCCUGGCCCCUUCAUCACUUUCUGAGCUGUGAAUGAGAUGACAGGGAAGGAGCAGCCUGCAUAUAGGAGAAGCCUGACCUGUGAUGCAUGAUGGCAGAUGGAGUUGUCUCAAAUCUACCUCAGAGGCCAUCUGUUGCUGCAGACCACUUUCUCCUCUUGCUCCUGCCCUCUGCCAGUUGUAUCUGCUGGCAGGAGGUUUGUGGGAACUCCAGAUCCCACCAGCUCAGUCUCCUGCUGCCUCAUUGCUGAGGAGCAGCAUCUGCUGCCCAGGGUUUCAUGGAUCAGUGCCAGCUUACCAAGCUUCUUUAGGGUGCCGUGCACCAGCCUGGAUUCGGUAGGCAUGCAGUAGAUGGGCACCUUUGCCCCCACAGCUCUCUUCUGGGGCAGUAUCUGUAGCUGGGCUUUGCUGUUGGUGCCUCUUGUGCAGCAAAGCCAGCUGUAGCUUUAGUUCUUCACCGCAGCAGGAAUGGGUGAGUAGUGGGCAA